GCCGCGCGCCGCCCGCUCGUCAUUCCCGGAGGGAAUCCCGGCGCCGCCCGCGCCCCUCGGGCCCCCGCCUCAGCGCCUGCCGGGCUGCUCCGCUGCCGGGCUGCGGCGCCCCUCGGCCCGCGCGCAGCUGCCCGCUGCCCGCCGCUCGGAGGAGAGCGGAGAAAGCGGCGGCUGCACGGGACACGCGGCCAGUGCCGCUCCGGGGACCGAGCCCCGUGAGGGGACGGGCCGGUAACCCGGUAACCCAACCCGGUAACCCGGCGCGGCCCUGCCCGCAGCCUCCCUCCCUCCUCACGCUGCAGGCCUCGGUUCCGACCUCAGCCGGUCCCCGAACACCGCUCCCGGACCGCCGCACAAACACACCGCUACACGUAACCGCGCCGCACCGGCGCCGUCAGCCCCCUCCUCGGGCACCGACAGCGCUUCCGAGCCGCCCUGGAAGCACGCCCAGCGGGCACCUUUCUCCUCUCCUCACUCCACGCUACGGUUUCCUGGUUAAACUCUAGUCAAACAGAAGUGCAGCUAUCAAGAAAAAGCGAGGAGGAGUCUGUACAGAACACCUUUCUUCAGAACUGACCGCUUAUUCUCACAGCCAAAGACUGGCUCCCAAAAGCACCCGGAGACGAGCCGCGAGCGGCCUCACUGCUACCUCGCAGAGCAGAGCCUGCUCCGGGCCAGGUGCUGGCUGCGCGCCCCAGAAGGGCCAUGCCGCCCCACACAGCUGCGAGUGCCUCGGUGGGGCUGGCUGCAGCACCUGCGUGCUGCUCUGCACACCUCCAGCACUUGGUCAAGUGUUACAAAUUCAGCCCCCCGGUGUGUUCAGUGCAGGAAGGGGACAAAACUUACGCUGUUUACCUGGCCCCUCUUCGGUCCCACAGAGUGUGGUGUUUGGAUGAAGCAGAACAGCCUCCUUGUAUACGCUUCCUCCGCUGUUUUAAAGAGGAUCAGAACACCUUCUCAGUUCAACUGGGCUACGCUGUGAUCAUGGAAAGCUGGGCAUUUCCUUACCAGAUUGCUUAGACAUAAUUGAUAUCAAUAUGAGGGGGAAGGGAAUAUUUUCAUUGAGAAUGUAGCUGCGUGGUAAACAUGAUCUGCAACUGCCAUUAAAACACAAAUAUAUCUGAAAAGUGAGCAGAAACCAAGCAGGAACAGAGUUCCACGCUUCAAUUCCCAACAGAAGGUAGAAUCCAGUGUUUUGCCUCAGUGAUGCAUAGCUCUACUCCCUUAUCUGUGGGAUAUUCCUGUGUUCAUAGUUAAAUUGCACGUUCAAAUGCUUCGCUGCAUCAAGAUCAUUAAACUGUGGUAUGGCGCAGAGCACCGGGAGUAAAUGAGCUCCGGCCUACCACAGCCUCGGGCACCACCAGGCAGCUGUACAGCGCCCCGGGACAGCCAGGAGGGGCUCCCCACGGACAGCGGCACUGUUUGAAAAAAACGUGGGGAACCACGUGUGCGAGGAGCAGACUGCAGGACUGGACAUUCAGUGGCUGUGCAGAAUUCCCAAUGCCUCAGUCAUCAUAAUGAUACCCAGCUCUUAUUCAGGGCUUGUUACUUACAGGCAUGUAAGAGCUUAAACGAAGAGACAAAUUAUUGACCAGAAAAUGGCCCAGCGAAGCCCGAUCUUCCCAACUCUUGCCCAUUCUGAAAGACGGGUUCGAAACAUACCGCUGCAUAGCCAGGCGUUGACAGCGGUCCCGCUGGCAUCUGCAAGCCUUGUGGAUCAGCUGGAAGACAGAAUCCUAAGCCAUGAGAAAACCACGGCAGCGCUCGUGGAGCACGCUUUUCGCAUUAAGGAGGACAUUGUUUCCACUCUGCACAGAAUGCAGAACAAAGGGGGGGGCGAUCGGUUGGCUAGGCAACUCUUAGAAGAACAUAUCCGAAACAUAACUGCAAUAGUGAGGCAGCUUAAUCGGGACAUUGAGAUGCUGCAGGAACAGAUACGUGUCAGAGACAAUCUCAGCUAUGGAACAAAUUCUACCCUAAAGAGUCUGGAAAUGCGGCAGCUUUCUGGUUUAGGAGAUCUUCGGGGAAGAGUGGCAAGGUGUGAUGCCGGGUUAGCCAGACUGUCUGCAGAACAUAAAAUUACAUAUGAAAGACUUCAGAGCCUAAGUAAAGACCAACACACCUCUAAGUUGAUCUUAGAAUCUAAAAUCAAAGAGGCAGAAAUACAGAUUUCUCAUCUGCUGAGCAGAGUGGAGCAGUCAAUAAUGCAGCAAGAAGCAAAGCUGAAGGUUGCCUAUAAGGAGAGCACGCAGCAGCUCCACCUGCUGGACACCAAAUUAAAAAACGCUAUUGAGGAACUCAGCAGCCAGAUUUUGUCUGCACGCAGCUGGCUGGAACAGGAACAUGAAAGGAUUGAAAAAGAACUUGUGCAAAAGCUGGACCAACUCUCAUUGACUUUUAAGGAAACCACAGAAAUGAGUGAAAGAGCUAUAGAGAUGAAAUUCAACCAAAUGUCAGAGAAAAUUGACAAAAUAGAAGAAAUACAGAAGAUAAACAUGGAAGCACAUGAAGCACAACAGACUGAAGAAAAGAUAAAUAUUCGCAUUGGCAAACUUCAAAAUGAGAUUAAUGAAGACAUAAAAGAAAUGAAAGCUGAAGUUAAUGCUGGGUUUGCAGCUAUCUAUGAGAGCAUUGGGUCUCUACGGCAAGUUCUAGAAGCGAAAAUGAAGCUUGACAGAGAUGAACUACAGAAGCAGAUCCACCAAAUGAAGCAGGAGAUUCCAGCAUGGGGAGAGGCUGGACCGUGACUGCAAGAUUUUGUUUGAGAUGAAUAUUUCCCUGGCUAAUAGGCAGACUAUAAUCUUGUUCCAGUCUGUAAUCCAAAUGUAAUGCAUGUACCGAAGGAGAUGCUGCUGUUGCACAGGUUUGUAUGUUUAAGUGGUAAAUGCAAGCUUUUAAUAGAUCAACUGACAAGAAGCUUUUAUGGGCUGAGGUGCUGAUUUACCACUGCACUGCUCUAGUUGCUCUCAGGAGAUUACCAACAUAAAACUAGAGUAAUAUAUUGGUGAAGCUGGCACCUAAUUUGCUAAAGGCAUUUCAAUGCUCCCCAGUUUUGUAGGCUUGAUCAGGCAGUUAUAUGCUUAUAUGUAUAAGCAUCUCGAUAUAUUCUUUUUUACAUAAGAAGUUGGUAUCACUUGUUUAUUAUCAGUUCGGCAAGGUUCUCCACCUUGAUACAAAUUACUAUGUUUGAAGUCACCAGACAUUUUUGCAGUGACCUUCUCUACUAUUGACUCCCUGAGGAGACAGAAUUGGCACCAAACAGACCAAUUUUCAAAACUUAGAUACUGUCAGAAAACUUUUGUUUAGCUGUGCAAAUAUCCUGUGUGCGUGCGUACGCGUGUGGAAACUAAAUAGUAUUAUAUAAUGUAGUUGUAGACUAAGAUGAUUCAUGAACAAUAUAAGAAACAACUUGUGAUCUUAUGUAUUGUGACCUUUUUAAAUGAAUAACCAAGUAGACUUGAGACAAGGUAAAAGAUUUAUAUACAGUAUUUUAUAAGCUGGGCAUGUGUUCCUGUGACUUGUUUCAUUAUAUUACCAUGAACUUUGAAAGGUUUGAAAACAAAAGAAAAAGUGAUGAUCUGGAGAUAAAGUCUGGAGAAUUUUGUGUAAAAUAAAAUGCAGUUUAUGAUCUGCUUAGCAAUUCCUAUUGAAGUAAAACAACUAACUCUUCAAAUUUAAGUAGAUUUUAAUAAUUUAGUAGGUUCGAACUGGUAAUUCAUGGUAUUUCCAAAUAAUAAUGGUGCUUAUUUCCAUUCCCAUAAUGGUUUACACGCUGAAAAUGAGCACCCCUGCAGCAUAUUAAUCUAGAUGGGAAAAAAUAUAUUUUGAUUCUUUAUCUUCAUUCAGAGCUUGUUAUUGCUUAUGUUUUCAAAUCAUGCAGGAUUAAGCAGUCAUGAAGAAUAACAGGCUUCAUCCAGUAUCCUAUUAAUUUAUACAGUAAACAGUACUUCAUGUGCAAAAAUACCAUUAAUUUGUACAAGUGUUACUGCCAACUUGUACAAGUUGAUACAAUGU